AUGCUUAGUUCAAAUGAAAAACUGCAAUCAACGACAGUGUACCUAGGUAAUACACGUACGAUUUCGGAUAAUUCUUUACGUGAUUAUUGCUCAAAGUUUGGUCUAAUUCUCGAUUGUUCACGUCGAUUGUUAUCUGCUGAACAAAGUCAUCUCGUUGAUUUUACAUUCGUUCGCUUUUUAAAUGCUCAGGCAUAUUCGGCAUUUCUCGGCACGUCGUCACAUAUUCUCGAUAAUGGAGUUGCUCUCGAUGUUCGACCUUUCAAUGAAAUUCUUCAUCCUAGCGUUCCUUUGCACGUCGAUCGAAAAAUUUGCAUUUCUCAUCGUGCAAGUAAUGUAUCAUUAAAUGAAAUUAAAAAGUAUCUUCGUACAUUCGGAACAAUCAAACACGUGAACUCAGAAACGAAUGCAAAUGAAGAAAAACAUAUUUAUGUUGAAUUCGAUUCUGCAGCAACGAGAAACAAACUGUUAAAAGGCAAAAUUCGACAGCACAGGAUAGGUGGCCAUGUUUUGAAUAUUUCAGCGCUUUUAAGACCAACGGAUGUUGAUCUUCAUAAAAUGGAAAAAGAACAAGAUGAACAAAAGAUGGAAAUUGAUGAUCCAAGUACAUUGAUCUAUUUGGAACAUGAAUACAGUUUAGAGAUUCGUCAAGAAUUCAAUUCUAUCGAAAAUCAGAUAUCGGACUUCCUCGAAGAAAAACGUCGACAUUAUGAAGAAAUCAUAAAAAUGAUCCCAUAA